AUGGCAUCAGACUGGCCGCUGCAGUAUGCAAAUAUGAGGCAGACCUACAGAGAGUUGACAGAUGUGUGCGCUGGACGCCCGUUGGACUUCACUGACACUCCAGAAGAGCCAUUGGACGUCCCUGGCACAAACCCUGAGGUGUUGUCAACAGCCUCCGCCGAUUUUAGUUUUGAGUGCAGCGAUCCAGCCUCCUGCAUCACCAAUGUCGUCAAAUACGAAAGCGACAAUCCCGGAGCCGAGUGGGGAAUGAAAGCUGGCAAGUUUGCAACAAGAUUUACAUCAGUCCUCUUUAAAGAGAUUCUCAAGGCUGCGGGGAAGAUUGCCCUGAAAGGCGUAUUAGCCUUUACUUUUAUAGGCGGCGCGAUAAGCGCAUUCUUUCCGGGGGCGGGUGGGCUGCCGGUGAAUCCGUGCACCUUUGCGGAAACAGAGGAUUGGGGGCGCUGCGUUUGGGAACAGGUGAAGCCAUUUGUCCAAGAAUUUGUAGAGGACCAGUUGGAUGAUACCUUCGGAGACCUAUGGGAUGCGACCAUCAAUGGCUACAAGACAAGACUCUGGGCCUUGAAUGCGACAGUUUACCACAAUUCCAAGCUGUAUCCGAACGGGACCAUCGAAGAAAUGUCGAACGCGACCAGGGACAGGAUGUACGAGGAUCUCAAAGCAGUACAUGAUGCUAUGCUCGGUAGCAUCCGGCUCUUUCUGACAGAUCGUGCCAUCAAAACCACAGCAGGAGCUUACCUGUCCCAGUUUGCCUCCUUGCAUUACAGUGUGAUCACAAACCUUUUGGGGUCCUUGAAAUACCGCACCGCCGGCGACCGUUACGUCUUCCAGACUGUUGUAGCAUGUUAUGCUCGGAGGGUCUACGAGCGUGCCACAGCUGCUUUCAAGUCCCGAAUGUCUGUCUUGGAGGCGCAUGAGGAGGACCAGGGCAUCCGAAAAUGCUGCAUGGUUGAUAAUUAUAAGUGCGAGGAAUGCCACAUUGGUUUCGGUGAGUUCAAGGACACCUGGAAGCCCUCGUGUGGCUGGAAGACAGGAUAUCACACCGUCUGUAUGGUAAACGUGUGCCAGUUUGUCCCAGGCCUGUUUGCAAGACGAAUGGCUCGGGAUUGCUACCAACGUCAUCGCGAAGAGGUGGCAAAUCAAACUGUCCAGUUUUGGCAGAACUGGUUGUCGCCCCUCCCCACCUGGUUGGCCUGGGACCCCUCGCGGCUCAGUGCGGCCAGCGCCUCCAGUGGCAGUGCAUAUGCUCAACAGUCAAGCUCGCCUUCAAAGACCCCAGUGUCAGCAUGGCCGCCGCAAGCGCAGGCGACCGGAGCCAACGGGGCUCUUCGUUCGUCUCGAGGUCUGCAGGUGUUGGAGCUCGCAGCCAGCUCCGUGGAUGCUGCCGUACCGGAGCUGGGCCUGUACCUGGCCAGCCAGUGUUGCACCCUCACCGAGCUGGAUCUGUCCUGGAAUACCCUCGGUCCGAAUGCGGUGCAUCAGCUCAGCUGGCACUUGCGUCAGAACGUCACUUUGCGCACGCUGCGGCUAGCACAUUGCCACCUAAAAGAGGCUGCCGGCGUGCUAUGUGCAUGCUUGGCCACGACUGGAAGCCACUUGCCACUUCAGAGGCUGGACCUGGCCCGGAACGCCAUGCCAACUGCAGCCUUCGAGGAGCUGGCGAUUUUCCUGGGCAGCGUCGUGGGUCGACAGAUCACGGACCUGGACAUCUCAGGGAAUAGCGCAGUCUCGGACGCAGGCGUGCCGAACGAUGCUAGUGUUCGUCGGGAUGCGUUGGAGAAGCUUUGUGAGCAGUUCUGA